CAUAAUUGUUGCCCUCGUCUAUAGGUAGGUAUUAACAUUAAAUCCAAGAGAGGAAUUUAUGGCUCUCUCUUUGCACCCGGAAGAGGAAAUUUCAGCCCAAAAGAGAAAGGAAAACGGUACGAUCGCUCGUCUGCAUUAAAAUGUACAAAAAUAAAAACGGCUCCAACUCAAUAUAUUCCUCCCACGACACACACUACUUUACAAUGUAUCAAAAACCAUUCCUUCCCUUCAAUCGAUCAAAUGGCCGACGUUCGGGUCCCCGCAAUCACGUUCUUCCUCGUGACUGUACACUUGUUCUUGUCGAAUGCGGCAACUCCCAGCCCGUCACCUGCACCUGGUCCUCGUUACAUAAUAGUGGACAAGUUCGGUGGCGGGGACUACACGAGGAUACAGGAUGCGAUUGCUGCCGUGCCCUCCAACAACUCGGGUCCGGUUGACAUAUGGGUGAAGCCGGGGAUUUACAAUGAGAGGGUCAUCGUUCCGGCCAACAAGCCCUUCAUCACGUUAAUCGGUUCCAUCGAGGAGAAACAGCGGGUGGUCAUCACGGGGAAACGGGGCGGGUCCAUUAAGGAAUCCGCUACCGUCUCCGUCUUAGCCUCGGAUUUUGUGGGGCAAGACCUCAUCAUCGAGAACACGUAUGGGCGGGGAACUCAAGCAGUCGCACUGAGGGUAACGGGAGAUAGAGUGUCGUUUUAUGGAUGUAGGAUAUUGUCGUUCCAAGAUACCCUAUUCGACGAGGCUGGCAGACACUUCUAUAGCGACUGUUUAAUCCUAGGAGCUACUGAUUUCAUAUGUGGCAAUGCUGCUUCAGUCUUUGAGAGGUGUCAUGUGCACUCAAUUUCACCUUAUGGUGGAGCGAUCACAGCACAGCAGCGGACAUCACUGGACGAGAAGACGGGCUUUACCUUCAUGGACUGCAACAUCACGGGCGUAAAGAGCGCCAUCCUUGGCAGGCCCUGGGGCAACUAUUCGAGGGUGAUCUUUGCACAUACCUUCAUGUCCGAGGUGAUUCUUCCCAAGGGGUGGGACGACUGGGGCGAUGCAUCCAGACAGAAGACGGCCUACUUCGGAGAAUAUGACUGCCACGGUCCGGGGUCCAACACGAGGGGGCGGGUUGCUUGGUCGCGCAAGCUUACGAGAGAGGAGGUCGAACCAUUCUUAAAUAAGGGGAUAAUAGAUGGCAGUACAUGGAUCAGAAGACCUAACCCGACUCGCCCAUUUAGUAUAGGUUCAAUCCGCAACGGUUCUUUAGGUCAGAGUAAGGAGAUAGAACAAUAGAUAGAAUUAUCAUGCAUAAGCUUUCUUUGGUCGUCCUUUUUAUUUAUUUAUUUAUUUAUUUUUCGUUUCUCCUAUUUUUGUGUCUUUCUGGACAAAUAAAAGAAAAAAAUUGGCGUAUGCCACUCAGUGCAGUGAGCACACGGUAUUCUUUAAUAAAAGACGAAAGAAUAGUUCGAUUUGGAUAAAUC